AUGUCCAUGCUGAAGCCAACCACCAUGCUGCCAGCUAUCUGUGACAAUGCUGCCACAGCCUGCUCGGGUACAGACUGCCUUGUUCCUCCCAGUAACUUAAAUGCCACCCUGGGAGUAGUGAUGAGCACGGUGCUCACCAUCAUGCUCGCCAUGGUCAUGUUCGCCAUGGGCUGCACAGUGGAGGCUGCAAAGCUGUGGGGUCACAUUAAGAAGCCAUGGGGCAUUAUCAUUGGCUUCCUCUGCCAGUUUGGCAUUAUGCCUUUCACAGCUUUUGCCUUGUCACUGGCUUUUGGGGUCCAGGCUGUGCAGGCAGUGGUCAUCAUCAUCAUUGGCUGCUGUCCAGGUGGCUCAAACUCCAACAUCAUCUGCUACUGGUUGGAAGGAGACAUGGACCUCAGUAUCAGUAUGACAACCUGCUCCUCUCUCCUGGCCUUGGGGAUGAUGCCUCUCUGUCUUUUAAUCUACACCAGUGUAUGGACAUCCAGUGACACCAUCAAGAUUCCAUAUGACAGUAUCGGUAUCACUCUGGCAGCCCUAAUCAUCCCGAUUACUGUGGGAAUGUACGUAAAGCGCAGGUGGCCUGAGAUGGCAAAAAAGAUUCUGAAGGUGGGAUCCAUUGCUGGCUGUGCUCUCAUUAUUAUUAUAGCUGUGGUUGGAGGAGUCCUCUACCAGUCGUCCUGGACCAUUGCUCCCUCCCUGUGGAUAAUUGGCACCAUCUACCCCUUUAUUGGAUGCAGCCUUGGGUUCUUCCUAGCUCGCUUUGUGGGUCAACCCUGGUACAGAUGUCGAACCAUUGCACUGGAGACAGGUAUUCAGAAUGCCCAGUUGUGCAGCACUAUCGUCCAGCUGUCCUUCAGCCCAGAGGAGCUGGAAAUAAUGUUUGCCUUCCCCCUCAUCUACAGCAUCUUCCAGCUCGUGUCAGCACUCGUCUUUGUGGGAUGCUUCCAGCUUUACAAAAGGUAUUGUGGUGGCGGUUCGUCUGCAAACAGUGACGCUCCAUACGUGGAAGGUCACAAUCCUGAUGUAGAAGAGCAAAAGUACUGCCCACGGGAAAAUGGUGGCUUUGAGGGCGAUGAGACCAGCAACGGGGAUGUGAAGGAUAAAAGCACUGACAAAAGCACUGAGCUGUGAUAUUGCAGCCCUGAAAACCAGAGACUUUGGGUUGUUGGUAUGAGCAAUAACAACUGCAUCACUGAACAGACCAUUCAGACUCUACUGUGAAGACACACUGCACUCUGCAAGUUUUAUGUGCGCCACACUAAACCAUUUGGAAAGGUUUUAGCUGAACAGGGUUGCACAAAUUUUGUAUCUGGGACAGUCAGUAUCUAACUUCAAGUGGGAAGUUGGUGGGGACCAACUGCUGAAUUAUGUGUUAUUUACUUUUAUUCAUAUCUAAAUAUUUAGAACCAUGUUCCCUAUACUUUGUUAGACAUGUGUCUCUUAAUCAGUGCUUCAGCGAUUGUAAACAGUGUGUUUUGGGUUUUUUUUUUAAGGUG